AGUAAUAUCUUGUCAACCUUGAAGUAUUGCCGCGUGAAGUAUAGAAUUUUUACUUAAAAAAUGGUGCAAGUCAAGAUAAAUGACGGUGUUUUGGAGGGAGAACACUUGGUGAAUGAGUUUGGGGGCAAAUUCUUUAGCUUUAAAGGGAUUCCUUACGCCGCGCCACCACUUGGCGAGCUCCGAUUUAAAGCCCCUCAACCGGUGACACCGUGGAAUGGAAUCCGCAAAGCCACAGAAUUUGGUUCUAUAUGUUACCAAAUAUUUGACAUAUUCACGGGACAAUUCACGCCUAAUGGCAGCGAAGACUGUCUGUAUUUAAAUGUUUACACUCCAGACCUGAAACCCAAAAAGCCUUUACCAGUAAUGGUAUAUAUCCAUGGCGGAGCAUUCAUGUGCGGCAGUGGAAAUGAUGACAUAUACGGACCCGAAUUCCUGGUCAAACAUGACGUCAUCCUUGUUACAUUCAACUACAGGCUUGAGGCUUUCGGGUUCCUGUGUCUGGAUACAGAAGACAUACCCGGCAAUGCUGGUAUGAAAGACCAAGUAGCAGCAUUAAGAUGGGUCAACAAAAACAUUGCCAAUUUCGGCGGAGAUCCAAACAACGUCACUAUUUUUGGAGAAAGUGCUGGAGGUGCAAGCGUCUCAUUCCAUUUAGUUUCUCCUAUGUCUAAAGGACUAUUCCGAAGAGCUAUAGCCCAAAGUGGAGCAGCUUUUAGCCCCUGGGCCAUGUCCUUUCAGCCACGUGACAGAGGUCUGGCUUUAGCGAAAAAGCUAGAUUUUCAUUCCGAAGAUGAUAAAGAACUUUACAACUUCUUCAAAAAUGUGCCCACGCAGGCAUUGUGUGGACAUCAAUUACCCUUAACUUUAGAUGAACAGCCCGGUAUUAGCAUGAGUGUUGUGAGUGAAAAGAAAUUUGGAAACAAUGAGAGAUUUUUCUACGGUGAUAUUUAUGAGGUUGCACGUAACGGAAUACAUGAAGACGUGGAAGUUAUGACAGGUUACGUAGCCCACGAAGGUUUCAUAUUGAUGUUAAACCCUAUCCAAAGAUCUAUAUCGGGAUUUUUUGACCUAAUCAAUAAUUAUGUCGAUUAUCUUGCUCCAAAAGAAAUCAGACUGAACUGCAAAUUAGCUGAUGUAAUAGAGGCAUCAAAGAGUCUGAAGAAAUUUUACACGGAUAAUAAAGUACUGACUGAAGAAAACUGGGAUGUUCUUGAAAAAAUAUUAGGAUUUAAUGCGUUCAAAUAUGGUAUAAUCCAAUCUGCGAAGUUUGCCGCAAAUCAGAAUAGGAAAGUAUAUCUGUACAAGUUUACAUGUACCUCGGAGAGAAAUGUAUUUGCGCAUAAGCUUGGCCUGGGAAAGUAUAUUGGUGAUAAGGCUGUGACCAGUCACGUAGAUGACCUAGCCUAUCUCUUUCCCGAAAAAGCAAUAAAUCAUCAACCUAUCAACGAUAGCACAAAGAAACUGAUUGAUAAUGUAACAACACUUUGGACCAACUUUGCAAAAUUUGGUAACCCCACCCCUGACGGCUCUCUGGGCAUCACAUGGGAGCCAUAUUCUCUAGGAAAACAAAAAUGCCUCAAUAUUGGCAACACAUUAUCGCUCGAAGAAGAACCAGAUAAGGAAGAAGUUGUUUUCUGGGAAAACCUCCAUAAGAAAUACGUUCCACAACAAGUUCUAUUUUUGUUAUUCGCUCAGUUUAAUCUGGUCAACCUUGGAGGAUUGCCGUGUGUUGAGAUUAAUUUUAAAAUGGUCCAAGUGAAGAUAAACGAUGGUGUUUUGGAAGGAGUGUAUGUAGAUAGUGAAUAUGGAGGGAAAUACUAUAGUUUUAAAGGCAUCCCUUAUGCCGCUCCACCAAUUGGAGAACUUAGAUAUAAGGCACCGCAGCCAGUCACUCCUUGGGAUGGAGUCCGCAAGGCCACGGAGCAUGGCCCCAUCUGCUACCAGGCAUUUGACAUGAUAACUUUUACAAUAAACCCUGCAGGCAGCGAAGACUGUCUCUAUAUCAAUGUGUAUACUCCAGAAAUAAAACCAUCCAAACCUUUACCAGUCAUGUUCUUCAUACACGGCGGAGGAUUUAUAGCCGGCAGUGGCAACGAUGAUCUGUAUGGGCCAGACUUUCUGAUAAAACAAGAAGUUAUCCUUGUCACGUUCAACUACAGACUUGAAGCACUCGGCUUCCUGUGCCUUGACACAGAGGAAAUCCCUGGCAAUGCUGGAAUGAAAGACCAAGUUGCUGCCUUGAGAUGGGUCCAAAAAAAUAUCACGCAUUUUGGCGGAGAUCCAAAUAAUGUCACAAUUUUCGGAGAGAGUGCCGGAGGUGCUAGUGUAUCUUUUCAUUUGAUUUCUCCUAUGUCCAAAGGAUUGUUCCAAAGAGCUAUUGUUCAAAGUGGAGCCGUAACUAAUCCGUGGGCAAUCCUCUUUCAGCCACGUGAAGUUGCCCAAGCUGUAGCAAGGCAAUUAGGUCACCACUCUGAAGACGACGUCGAAUUGAACAAAUUUUUCAAAACAGUGCCAGUAGCUUCGUUAAGUCCUUUGAAAGUGCAAAUAACAACAGGCGAAAGUCAAAAACCUCCUUUAUUAACCUUUGGCAUUGUAAAUGAAAAGAAAUUCGGAGACAAUGAAAGGUUUUUCUACGGCGAUGUACAUGAUGUGGUGCGCAAUGGAAUCCAUGAAGGUGUUGAAGUAAUUGUCGGUUACACAGAUGACGAGGGUCUGGUGACAUUAGCACACUUUGGUCCAUUAUCUGAAGUGUGCAAUAAAAUUAACAACUUCGUUGAUUAUUUAGCUCCCAAAGCCAUUCUGACCAACUGUAAGCUAACAGAUCAGAUCGAAGCUUCGAGAAGUGUGAAAAGAUUCUAUUUCGGCAACGGAGUUGUUACUGAAGAAAAAUGGGAGUCCUUCAAGAAAUUUUUGGACUUUGAAAUGUUCAACUAUGGGUUGCUUCAAUUGGCAAAGUUUUCUGCGCAUCAGAAGACCAAAACUUACUUCUACAAGUUUGGUUACAAGUCUGAGAGGAAUAAAUUCGCUCGUGUGCUUGGAUUGGGAGAUCUUCUCCAAGGCAGGGCCGUGACUUGUCAUGCUGAUGAACUGGCAUAUCUUUUCACCGAGCAACUGUUUAAUCAUGAGCCGCUAACAGAUUCUACAAGGAGACUCAUAGAUAACAUUUGCAAGCUUUGGACGAACUUUGCAAAAUUCGGAAACCCAACCCCUGAUGAGACCCUGGGUGUGAAGUGGGUCCCGUUUACUUUGGAAAAGCAAGAAUACCUGUACAUUGGCAACGCACUCUCGUUGGAAGAACACCCGGAUAAAAAGGAUUUCAAGUUUUGGGAAACCCUCCACAGAAAAUAUGUACCAAAUCAAGUUUUAUAAGCAAAAAAAGCAGAUUUUUUAAAAUCAUCAAUUGUUAUUUAUAAGAUUUUCUUUAUACUUCUAUUAAUAAACAAAUAAAAUAUA